AGCUCAGGUUGGCGACGCUCUAGUCGCCGCUUCUCUAAGGCCCGUGGGGCGGCCUGGGAGCCGCUGCAGAAAGGCUGGCCUCCGUGCGCGCAGCCUGCGGGUGCUGGUCAUGGCGCGGCUCCCGAAGCUCGUAGUCUUCGAUCUAGAUUACACGCUGUGGCCGUUCUGGGUGGACACACACGUAGACCCCCCGUUCCACAAGAGCAGUGAUGGAACUGUACGAGAUAGGCGGGGCCAGGCCGUCCGACUGUACCCAGAGGUGCCUGAGGUCCUGGAACGAUUGCAGGGCUUGAGGGUGCCCGUCGCGGCCGCUUCACGGACAGGUGAGGUUGAAGGGGCCAACCAGCUACUGGAGCUCUUUGACCUUGUCAGAUACUUUGUUCAUCGGGAGAUCUAUCCAGGCAGCAAGGUCACGCACUUUGAGAGGUUGCAGCAGAAGACUGGAGUUCCUUUCUCCCAGAUGAUCUUCUUUGAUGAUGAAAAGCGGAAUAUUGUAGAUGUCAGCAAACUGGGUGUUACCAGCAUUCAUGUCCAGAAUGGAAUGAGCCUUCAGACCCUAACUCAAGGAUUAGAGACAUUUGCAAAGGCACAAGCUGGACUCUGAGGUCCAGUCCUGAAAGGAAAUCAGGAGGGCAUUUUCAGGUGCAUUUGUAAAUUAUUAAAGUGUAUUUGUGUGUGGCAGAAGAGAUCUUA